AGACGACAAUUCUUUACAGACAAUCAAGAGUGAAACUUUUGUGAAUAUGCCUAAACUGAAUAUCCUAACUUUAGGUAGAAACAGUAUUUUGCAAAUCGAAAUCAAUGCCUUUGGAGAUCUUCAGGAUCUACUUCUCUUGUCACUCGAAUCAAACAGUUUAAUAUGUGAUUGCAGAAUCCGUUCGUUUCACCUUUGGUUAUUGCAGCAGACACACACAAAUGCACAUGGUGCUGUUUGUUCUAACCUAAAUGGACUAAUAAUCAAAGAUAUUUCGAAUGUUGAGGAGUGUAAAGAAACCACAACUGGGAGUGAAAGUUUAUCAAUAACUUCAAAAAGGCCGGAGACGACUCAACCAGUUGCACUAACAACAAUGAACAAUAUCGUUGAUCAAAAAACGACUCCUGCGACAACAGAAAUCUUAGAUAAUGAACUGACAACUGUUACUAUGUCAUUUAUGCAACUUACCAAGGAACAAAAGAUGACUCCUGCGACAACUGAAAUCAUGGAUAUUGAACAGACCACUGAUGCAAAAUCAUCAAAACAAAAUAUUGAUAACCAAAGCGUUAUAACAAUCCCAAUUCUGUUAGGAAUCAUAGCCUGCACUGUUUCGGUCAUGGCAUUUAUCACAAUAAUUAUCUAUGUUGUGAUCAAGACUAGAUGUAAAAACAAACAAGAAGGAACAGUUGGUUUCGAUCAUGCUAUAACGCCUAACCGUUACUUCAACGAGUACGAUAUCCCUCAGGAGAUGAUUUGAGGAUCAUAAACAAUCAGGGUUCACUUUCAAUAGUGUUUUGUGUAAUUUGUUUAUUGUGCUUCUAUAAUUGUAUCGAUUACAUUAACGAUACUAAUUCAAAAUAUAAUUUAAAAUCGUACAUUAACUUGCUUAUCUUUUCUUCGGUUACAUUUUAUUCACUGUUAAAAGUCAACCUCUAACUUGAAAAGUAAAGGGCUUCAAAGGCGUCAAGAUAUAUUUUUAACCUGCUCUACAUAAUCUUUCAGUAUAAAUCCAACAUGUAAUUGCUAUUGAAACCUUUAGUUGUAUAAAUACCAAAAUUACAGCAUAUACGAUAACUUAUUGAACGCAAUGAUAAGGAUUGGAUGAUAUAACUUAACGUGGGACAUAUCGAUGAAAUUGACCACUUUUAUUAAUUGUAAAUGCAACAUAUGAUUCGAUUUCACAAUUUACUAUGACAUCAUGAAAGUUAAUUCAUAACAUAGACUUAAGUUUGCUGGCUAAUUUUAUGAACAUUUUACCUAAAUAAACAUCAACUAAAAGCGUCCCACGAAAUAUUUUUGCUAACAAGUAAAUAAUCAAGAUAAAGAAACUUGUGUAUAAUUUAUUGAAGCUUUAAAUAUCUUUUGUAUCAUUUAUUCAGUCUACCAAAAAUGAUAUUUCAUACUGUUUGUAUUGUUAAUAAAUUUCCAUAAAGGAAUUGCAAACUUGUCCGGAGACUGUUAUACAUACACGAAGAAAAGGGUUGUGUGGAUUGAUGUUAGUCUCAACCUCAUACGUCAGUCAAUUGUUCAAUAUUUUGUAUGAUUACAUAUAACCAAAAAAUAACUGUUUUGUGUAAUGAAGCAAUGAUUUAUUGAUAUAAAUGUA